AUGGCUACCAACGGUGAUGCGGCGAGAGCUUCAGCGCCUGUGGCGUAUAUCACUGGCGGCGCAAGCGGGAUGGGGCUUGCUGUGGCCCAAGAGCUAUCUUCCAGAGGCUGGAACUUGACGAUCGUCGACCUCAACGAGAAGUCGAUAUCAUCCGUGCAAGCCGACUUUGACCCGACAAGGACCAUAUUCGUCCAGGCCGACGUCACUGACUAUCACGCACAGGCGAAGGCCUUUGCUCAGACGUGGGACAAAUGGCACCGACUGGAUCUCGUGUUUGCGAACGCGGGCAUUGGUGAUCGAAUGAACUUUUUGGCGCCGGCCACUGAGUUUCUGCCAGACCUGCCGGGUGUGCCUGCGAAGCCGAACGAGUUGGUGAUCGAUGUUUGCCUCAAUGCCAUGGUCUACAGUGCCUAUUUGGCUCUGCAUUUCUUCCGGCAGAACCCUUCUAAAGCGGGCAAGAUAGUCUUCACGUCUUCCAUGUGUGGGCUCUAUCCAGGAGACAGCAUCCCUCUGUACACCGCCGCCAAACACGGGAUUGUGGGCCUGACUCGCGCCCUGGCCAAACGGUUGAAAAUCCUCGGCGAGCCCAUCACAGUGAACUGCAUCUGCCCCGGACUUGUCGACACGGGCCUGACGCCGGUACUGAUGGAAGUUGCUCCGCCUGAGUUCGUGACACCCAAGUCGACCAUUGUGCGCGCGGUCAUGGGCUUUGUCGACGACGACACUCUGUCGGGCGAGGCGGCGGAGUGCAGCGUCGACAAGAUUCACUAUAGGAAACAGCCUGAAUGGGGAGACGCGGGAUCAGAGUACAUCAUGACGAACAAACUGGAGGCGGCGCUGAAGGAGCGAGGCAUCCGGACAUAG